UAGGGCUUGCGCUGCUUCUCGGUAGGUGCCUGAGACUGCUCUCUCCAUGGAGGGAAGCGAGAGCGUAUUGGAAGCCAUAUUCCAAGAACCGGCCUUCGGAGGACUGGAAGAAAUCCUAGACGACGACGACGAUGGCGGAAUUGAAGAGGAGGGUAAGGAGGACGUCGAGAUGGUCGACGCCGAAACCCUAGAACCCGGCGGCGGAGGUGGAUCGGCCGCUGGCUUGGCUGGAGGCGACACUCCGCAGACCGAGGGCGGAUCUGGAAUCCAGAGCCGCGGUCGAAACGGCUCUAGGGGCCGUGGCAAGAAGAAGAAUCGCCGGAAGAGGAAGGGUGGUGGAGGCGUCGGCGGCGGCGGCGGCGGUGCUACUGCCAGUAUCGCCGACAUCAAUAGGUUUGUGAUAGAAACAUGCAGGCAUUUAAAGGAGCACAAGUCAUACUUACUCUGGAAUGCUAUUGGUUGUCUUGGUGUUUCUGUUGUCAAAGAUCUUGUUAAGGAGUUGCAAAUGCAGGUGGAUGCCAUCCAGCAUUGUGGUGGCCAGAAGACUGCUGAUGGACGGCGCUUCCGCACAGGAGGUGGAAUUUUGUGGAAUAUUCUGAAAACUCGUGAACCAAAGGCUUACAAGGAAAUCAUGAGCAAGGGCAGGGAAUUCGAGAAACAAUUCAAGGAAUCAAAAGCUAAGAUGAGACGUAACAAUGAGGCACAAGUUUCCGACACAAGUAUACCCAAUGAGGCAGAAGUAUCAGACAAUUCUGAGCGUGGUGCAUAUGCCGAGAAGAAACUUGAAUCAUCAGAAUCCAAGACACAGCACAAGAAAUUGAUGGAUAGGAUGCGAGUUCCAGUUUCAUACGAAGAUCUGCUCGAGGAGGGUGAGAUAUGUUAAAGAAACCACGAAGAUUGUGAACAGAAAUACAGUGCAGCCAUAUCUAAUCCUCAUGAUCCAUUUUACUCCAUAACUAAACUUCUAAAGCAGAAUUCCGUACAGCUGGUGCUUCUCUCUGGUCAGGAAAAUGCAUUUCCUUUCUUCAUAGACGGGAUGAAAUUUUUUGCUCGGUAAAGAGUUUAGGGUCUGUUGCUCAAUGGGACAAAGUUAAUAAAAAAUUACUGAUAAGCUAUGCACCUUGAUGCUAUCAUGUACUCCAGCUUAUAAGAUGGCUAUUUGUUGAUAAAUUUUUCUAACGAUUCUCUAGAUAAUAUUUGGGAUUUGAAAA